GAAUUGAGAUGAUAAGCACUCUCUUCUAGCCACCACAAAAGAGGUAAACUGAAGAACACACACCGUUACCCACCAGAAGUUGGCCGGAAAGCUUGAUUCUAACUCAGGGCAAGGAGGAAUUAUCCUAGGGUUUAGGAUAAGAACAAUAAUUGGGUUUUUUGUUUGAUGAUAUGUUGUACUUGGUGCGUGAGAAGCUCUUCAUUGGCAACAUCAAUGCAGCUGCAGAAGUACUUUUGGGUGGCAAUGAAGAAAUCACCCAUAUCUUAUCAGUUCUGAGCUCGGCUUCUAUUGGGUUUUUCUCAGAAUGGAAAUCGAGUUUUUCGGUUCCUACCAAAGAGAUUCGUACAGUGUACGUGGGGGAUUCAGAUUCAGAUGAAAAUUUGGAUGGUGAUGGGUCAAAUAAGACUGAAUUAUGUUCCAAGAAGAUUCAUUAUGUGGUGGAGAAUGCAGGCCAUGAUUUGAAGUUGGUGAGAAUGGCUGUACCUUUGAGAGAUAUGGAGAGUGAGAAUUUGCUGGAUUCAUUGGAAGUUUGUUUGGAUUUCAUCGAUGAAAGUAGGAAAAAGGGUUCAGUUUUGGUGCAUUGUUUUGCAGGUGUAUCGAGAAGUGCGGCCAUCAUCACGGCAUACCUGAUGAGAACUGAACGAAUGUCUCUAGAAGAUGCACUUGAAUCAUUACGCCGUAGCAAUGAAUCUGUUUGCCCAAAUGAUGGAUUUUUAGAACAGUUGAGCAUGUUUGAAGAUAUGGGUUUCAAGGUUGAUCAUUCAAGCACUAUAUAUAAACGCUUCCGUUUGAAAGUUUUAGGUGACUCGUAUAACCGAGGAGAGAAAAUUGACAAUUGUAAGUUUGCGGCCGAUCCUGGCUUGCCCAAGAAAGAAGCUUCUAUUGGGACGGGAGCAGGAUCCCAGAAAGAAGAAUUGAUUCCUACGGUUGCAUUUCGCUGCAAAAAGUGCAGGAGAGUUGUUGCAUUGCAGGAGAAUGUUGUGAGUCACACUCCAGGGGAGGGUGAGAGUUCCUUUGAGUGGCAUAGAAGGAGUAGUCGCAACACCUUCAACAAAUAUGAUGAGUUUGAGUGCACCUCCAUCUUCGUUGAACCUCUACGUUGGAUGAAAACAGUUGAAGAAGGUGGACUUGAAGGAAAGUUGUGGUGCGUGCAUUGUGAAGGCCGGUUGGGUUACUUCAAUUGGUCGGGCAUCCAGUGUAGCUGUGGGAGUUGGAUCACCCCUGCUUUUCAGCUGCAUAAAAGCCGAGUCGAUGUCAGCACCGUCUAAGACAUACCUAUACAUGGUUCUCACCUGGCUGAACCUUUUAUACGCAAUAAUUAUACACAUCAAUCCAUCAUGGCUUCAAUACUUCAAUUAUUGGCUUCAAUUGCAUGAAGUUGAAGCUGUAUACGGUCAUGAUUUCAUUGUUUCUUUGACUUGAUAUCGUAAACUAUUUGGUUUGAUGUCUAAAUGAUACAAGUUCCGUUAGAAAUGGAGGUUUUGCGCUUCUUUCUGGGCGUAUCCAUUUCUUUUGGUUUAUGGAAGCGUUUUCCGGGGGCUGUUUCACU